AUGUUGCCCCUCGGCCUUCUUACGGCCGCGCAGGGUCACCCGAUGCUGGUGGAGCUCAAGAACGGCGAGACCCUGAACGGUCACCUUGUGACCUGCGACAACUGGAUGAACCUGAUUCUGCGCGAGGUUGUGCAGACAAGCCCCGAGGGCGAUAAGUUCUUCCGCCUGCCCGAAGUCUACAUUCGCGGCAACAACAUCAAAUACCUCCGAGUCCCCGAAGAGAUCAUUGAAAUCGUUAAGGAGCAGCAAGCAAACCAACCACAAGGCCGACGCGGUGGCCACAGAGACGGCGGGCGUGACCGAGGCCGCGGCGGUGGUCGUGGUGGACGUGGUCGGGGCCGGGGCCGGGGCCGGGGUGGUCCUGGCGGCGGCGGCGGUGGUGGCGGUGUAUGA